AUGACUGAGCAAAACGUAGAUCAAAGAAUUGUCUGUGUUUGGCUUGAUAAUCGACUGAUCAGAUCAGUCGAAUAUAUUGAUACUCAAGAUGAACUUCGAACUAUUAUGAAAACCUUUGUCAGUUUCAAUGACUCGAAUUACUGUGUAGAUUAUAUUACCAACACCACAGACGCGAAAAUAUUUCUUAUUACUUCAAAUAUAUUAGGGAGAUUUAUUGUUCCUACAAUUCAUCCUUUCGAACAAGUUGACUCAAUUUAUAUAUUUCAUGGAAAUAAAUCAUCAGAUGAUCAAUGGACAAAAGAUUUUAAAAAAAUAAAAGAAAUUUUUAAUGAUAUAACAUUAAUUUGUGAUCGAUUUAAACAAGAUAUAAUUCAAAAGGAAAAAGAUAAUAAUUCUUUUACAAUCUCAUUUGUUUCAUCUUCGGAUAUAAAUUCACGUGAUGUUAAUCGACAUGAUCCAUCGUUUAUGUAUUUUCAAUUAGUAAAAGAUAUUAUUUUAAAAGAUCACCUCUUCGAAUCAGAAGAACAAACUAAAGCAGAUAUGUUAUCUUAUUCUCGGAAAGUUUAUGCUGAUUGUCCAAACACAAUUCUUGUUUUAGACGAAUUCGAAAGAGAUUUUAUCCCAGAACUUUCCAUCUAUUGGUACGUUAAAGAAUGUUUUCUCUAUAAAAUGUUAAACGAAGCAUUAUAUACACCACAACCAGAUGUUCUUUAUAAAUUAAGAUAUUUUCUUCGCCAUCUUUACUAUCAAAUCUUAUCUGAAGCAUCAAAACAACGUCAACAUUUAUCAUCAAUGACUGUCUAUCGUGGUCAAAAUGUAUCACUUGAUCAAAUUAAUAAACUGAAAGAAAAUGUUGGUGGAUUUCUUAGUUUUAAUAAUUUUUUAUCAACUUCACUUAAACAAGAUAUUGCGAUAAAUUUUCUCUGGGGAACGGAAAAUGGUGUUUUAUUUCAAAUGCAAAUCGAUCCAACAAUACAAAAAUUUCCAUUUAUUAAUAUUGAACAAAUAUCUUAUUUGCAAAGGGAGGAAAAUGAACAGGAACUUCUUUUUGCAAUGGGUAGUGUCUUUCGUAUUGUUCGCAUUGAGAAAGAGAAAGAUUUUUAUUGCGUUCAAUUAACAUUAAGUGAUGAUGUUGAUGAACAAUUAGAAGAAUAUACAAAAGUGACUCGUAAUCAAACUCGUUCAUUUCAUUCUUUCCUAUCACUUCUAAGAUUAAUGCACAAAUUAGAAGAAUACAGUUGCAUUGAGCAAUUUGCUGAGAUGCUUCAUGAUGAUAUUGGAGUAGCUGCUAAUCCAAUGAUACUUGCUGGUGUUCAUCAUACUAUUCAUAUGAGUGAUCUACCGGAUAAUCAUCCAGUAUUAUCACCAACGUAUUCAUAUAUUGGUGUUGUAUAUGACGCACUAUAUGAUUAUACGAAAGCGUUGGAAUAUCAACAGAUGGCAUUGGAUUGUCAGGUAAAUUCAGCUAAUCCGGAUGUAUCAUCCAUUAUAACUUAUAUGAAACAUAUCGCGUCAAUUUAUAAUAAUCAAGAAAAAUACAGUGAGGCACUAGAUUAUUACAAACGUGCUCUCGAAUUACAAAUAGGACAUUUUGGUGAAAAUGAUUCAUCUGUUAGAAAAACUUACAGUUUAAUUAGUUCAAUUUACUACAAACAGGGUGAUUACGAACAAUCUAAUCGAUCAGAAUUAGUUGAGUCUUCAAUAAAAGACGGCAUUGUCUGCCUUUCAAAAAAGCAAUAUCAACAAGCAUUGACUCAUUUUAAAAGUGCACUUGAAAUCCAACAACAAUACCUUUUACCGAACAAUCCAUCGUUAGCUCAAAUUUAUAAUCUUAUUGCGCAAACCUUUCAUGAUCAAGAACAAUUUGAAGAGGCAUUACCUAAUUACAUAAAAGCAUUAGAAAUCGAACAAAAUUCAUUAUCUGAUGAUCAUGGUUCUAUUGCUAAAAGUUAUCAUAAUAUUUCCACAGCUUAUGUUGGUUUAUCGCUUUGGUCAAAUGCUUUAGAAUUUGCUCUCAAAGCAGUUGAACAAUCGAAGAAAAUCCUUCAAACUGAUGUUAAUACUCUGGCAGCAUAUGUCCAUUAUGUUGGAUAUAUUUUUCAAGGACAAGAAAAAUAUCAAGAAGCAUUAAUCUAUUAUCAAGAAGCUCUUGAAUUAUAUCAAUGUCAUUUAUCAGAAGAUGAUCCUUCAUUAAUGCUUAUCUAUCAUCGAACUGCUAGAGCUUAUUUUCAAUCGGAUAUGAAUAUGGAAGCUAUUGUUCUCUAUCAAAAGACACUUAACAUUGCCUUGAAAAUAUUACCGGAUAAUGACAAACAAAUUGGUUAUAUUUAUAUGGAUCUUUCUAGAUCUUUUGUCAGACUAAAACGAUAUGAUGAAUCAUUGAUAUCAGCUGAACAAGCAAUUGAACAAUUAUGUAAAACAUUGCCAAAUAAUCAUUCAGAAGUUGUUCAAUAUCGAUUUGAGUUAAGUGUUGUCAAACAGCGACGAUUAUCUGCAACGGAUUUUAGUUGA